AUGACUAGAUCCCAUUUAGUUGAACACAAAAGCAGAAGUCAUUUAAGUAAACGAUUUAAAUGUGAUUUUAAUGAUUGUAACAAAACAUUUGUAACAAAACAUAGUUUACUUCAACACAAAAGUUGCGUUCAUUUGAAUGAAAAGCCAUUUAAAUGUAAUGAAGAAAAUUGUGGUAAAAAUUUUAGCCGAAGAUAUCAUUUAAAUGUUCACAAAAGCACACAUUUGACGGUCAAACCAUUUAGGUGUGAUUUCAACGAUUGUGCUAGAUGUUUUACAUCAAAACACGAGUUAAUUGAUCACAAAAAUACCAUUCAUUUAAAUAUAAGAUUUGUUUGUGAUUUCAAUAAUUGUAACAAAAGUUUUUCAACAAAAGAAUAUUUAGUUCAACACAAAAGUUGUGUUCAUUUGAAAGAAAAGCCGUUUAAAUGCGAUGAAGAAAAUUGUGGCAAAAGUUUUGGUCUGAAUUCAAAUCUAUUACAACACAAACGCUUGCAUUUGGGAUACAAACCAUUCAAAUGUGAUUUCAAUAAUUGCAACAAAAGUUUCUCAAGAAAAUACUCUUUAUUUGAACACAAAAGUUGUGUUCAUUUGAAAGAAAAGCCAUUCAAAUGCGAUGAAGAAAAUUGUGGCCAACGUUUUGGAAAUAACUCAACACUUUAUGCACAUAAACGCUGUACUCAUUCGGGAGAAAAACCAUUUAAAUGUGAUUUAAAUGAUUGUAAUAAAUAUUUUAAACGAAAGGGAGAUUUAGAUCGACACAAAAGUUGUGUUCAUUUGAACGAAAAGCAAUUCAAAUGUAAUGAAGAGAAUUGA